AUGUCACAGAGUCGGCCUGGGCUGUUCCCAAGUUUGCGAAUGGGUGAGGUUAUCCGCGAAAAGGUCCAAGAUGGCCUCACUGGCGAGCACAAGGAGAUCUCCUACACUCAGUGUAAGAUCGUGGGAAAUGGAUCAUUCGGGGUGGUCUUCCAGACCAAGAUGGCACCCAGCGGCGAGGACGCUGCCAUCAAGAGGGUCUUGCAGGACAAACGGUUCAAGAACCGUGAGCUUCAGAUCAUGCGGAUUGUACGCCAUCCCAAUAUCGUUGAGCUCAAGGCCUUUUAUUACUCCAAUGGCGAUAGGAAAGAUGAAGUGUACCUGAACCUGGUACUCGAAUACGUUCCCGAGACCGUCUAUCGCGCGUCGCGAUACUUCAGCAAGCUGAAGACGACAAUGCCGAUGUUGGAAGUCAAGCUUUACAUCUAUCAGCUGUUCCGAUCGCUGGCCUACAUCCAUUCACAAGGCAUCUGCCACCGCGACAUCAAGCCCCAAAAUCUGUUGCUGGAUCCCGCUACCGGAAUUCUCAAGCUGUGUGAUUUCGGAUCCGCCAAGAUUUUGAUCGAGAACGAGCCCAACGUCUCCUACAUCUGCUCGCGCUACUACCGCGCGCCCGAACUGAUCUUCGGUGCCACCAACUACACAACCAAGAUUGGGCUGAUCUUUUUUCCUUCUGGGCUAGAUGUGUGGUCAACUGGUUGUGUGAUGGCGGAACUGAUGCUCGGCCAACCCCUCUUCCCCGGUGAGUCGGGUAUCGACCAGCUGGUGGAGAUCAUCAAGGUGCUUGGCACCCCGACCCGGGAACAAAUUCGCACCAUGAACCCCAACUACAUGGAGCACAAGUUCCCUCAGAUCAAGCCUCAUCCCUUCAACAAGGUCUUCCGGAAAGCACCUCCCGAGGCUAUUGACCUGAUCUCGGCGCUCCUGGAAUAUACCCCCACGCAACGAUUGUCGGCGAUUGAGGCCAUGUGCCACCCCUUCUUCGAUGAGCUGCGGGAUCCAGCGACCCGGUUACCCGAUUCCCGACAUCCCGGCAAUCCAUCCAAGGAUUUGCCUGCUCUCUUCAACUUCACUCGACACGAACUUUCCAUCGCUCCCGAAUUGAACUCUCAGAUUGUGCCCCCUCACGCGCGUCCCGCCCUGGAGGCCCAAGGUCUUGAUAUCAACAAUUUCAAGCCACUCGCCAAAGAGGAGAUGAUGGCUCAUCUCGACUGA